AUGUCAAAUCCCAAGGACUAUACCGUCGGCUGGAUUUGUGCUGUUCUGAAAGAGUACACUGCCGCUCAACUUUUCCUGGACAACGAGCAUGAGCCUCCGACAGGUAUCUCGGCCAACGACACUAAUCACUACACCCUUGGCGAGAUCGCUGGACACAAAGUUGUCAUAGCAGUCCUCCCGGAUGGCGAGUAUGGUGUUGGCUCGGCUGCCAGUGUCGUCACAAAUCUGCUCAACAGCUUCCCUAACAUUCGCGUCGGAUUGAUGGUCGGUAUCGGUGGAGGCGCUCCGACUUCCAAGAACGACAUACGCCUUGGCGAUGUUGUGGUGAGCUCUCCAAUCAACGGUACAGGCGGCGUCUAUCAAUACGAUCUGGGCAAAACGAUACAGGACGUUGGAUUUGUGCAGACUGGCAUUCUUGACCAACCUUCUGCCACUGUUCGCUCGGCUCUUCCAGGACUUCGAAGACGACACGACAUCAAAGGACACCAGAUCAAGGAGACGAUUGACUCGAUCUUGGAACGCUGGCCACGACUUCGAAAGAAAGGUUUCGCACGACCCAGUCCAGAAUCUGAUCGCCUUUUCGCUUCCCAUAUCGUCCACCCUCUCAAUGGGGAGGGUGACUGUGUCGAUGUGUGUCUAGGACAGCAGUCCAGUAUAGUCGUCCGUCAACCGAGAGAAGACGAUGACGAUGAUCCGGCUAUUCACUAUGGUCUCAUUGCUUCCGGAAACCAAUUGAUGAAAGAUGCCGUAGUCCGCGACAGACUCGCGAAGGAGAAGGGUAUUCUCUGUUUCGAGAUGGAGGCCGCUGGGAUCAUGAACCGCUUCCCUUGCAUGGUCAUCCGUGGUAUUUGUGAUUACAGUGACAGUCACAAGAACAAAGAUUGGCAAGGCUAUGCAGCAUUGACAGCAGCCGCUUACGCGAAGGAUCUGCUCAAAGAGAUCCUACCACACCGUGUGGAGACUGAGGAGAGGCUUGCGACGUAUAUUGGUCAACGUGAGUGUUAUCGCAAUCCAUACCGUCACGAUGUUGUGGCUCAUCAGUACACAUCUAACAGCGCCUAG